UUGUCCAUCUUCUGAGGCAAUGUGCCAUCCUAUUCUUGCUCACGACCUUUCGGAGCGUUCUCUCGCGCGAGUUGUUCGACUCAUUGAGAAAUGGAGAGAGUUUUCAUUUUUCAACCAUUGACAAACGAAAACGAACGACAGCGAUUCAGAAAAUGCAAAUGGCGAACGGUAGAGGAACGUAGUGAUUUUCUGCGCUAGAAAAGUUUUCGUAAGAAAGUGCUCAUCGCGCGAAGUAUUAGCGGGAAAUUUAUGUGUCAAGUUGGAAAUAAAGUGUUCCGGCUAUUCGGAAUGGUGAAGUGCAUCUAUUUAGUGACCGCCAACUAGACGAAAAGCUGCGACCGAAAAAUCCUGGUGUUGACCAGUUUGGGAACAAACAGUUUUUUCGCUCUUGCGGGUGCAGAAUAAAAAAAUAGCUCUUGCUGUUCAAUCAGUGAUUCGUUAUUGAAAAUUGUUAAAAAAUCGUAGUUUCAAGACUACAAAAAGCGAAAAAAGUAUAAUAUUGUGCAAGUAGGAAUAGUCGCGCGAAAAAACGCGAUUUGUUGAUUAGAAGUUUUUUUCGCGCUCCACAAAGCCGCAGCAGAGGAAAAUAACGCGUCUACUCGCUACGUCGUUCUGUUUUCGAAGUUCCAACGACUAAUGAAUUAUGAACGACAUUAGUACCAACAAUAAGGAAACGGUUCUUCCUGGCCCUUCAGCCUGGGAACAGUUAACUAACCCAGCUCUUGCCGAACAACAUCAGCAGCAACAGCAUUUGCAACAUCAGCAUCAUGUUGCAGCACAACAACCGCAUCUGCAACAUCAUCAGCCAACACAGAUCCAACAUGUGCACCCGCCCCAGCAGCCGCAACAGCAGCAGCAUCAUCUCCCGCAGCCGCAUCCACACCCGCAGAUGCAGCAUCAGAGCCAUCCUCAGCAGGGACCUCCCCCCCUUCAACAUCCUUUAAUUCAAUCACCGCAUCCGCACCAAACGCCACAGCAUCAAGCGACCAGCCCAACUACAACCGCGGCACCGCCAAUGACCCCGACUAAAACCACUCCUCCCGAUAUGUCGCAUACUCCACAGACAGCGCCAGGUCCAAAUCAAACGCCCGGGCCAAGUUACUCCGAGGAGCUUCACCCAGAACUGGUCAACCAAGGAUGGCGUAAAUUUUGGUCCAAACGAGAAGGGCGACCCUAUUUUUGGAAUAAACUCACCGGUGAAUCUCUCUGGGAACCUCCGAUGCUCAAUAGGGGUAACCAACAAUUUGAUCCGUUGACCGAUCCUCUAGGUAUUUGUCAUACUGGACAAAACGGCCCCACCUCUCAACAGCAGAAUAACAAUGCCCUCAAACGGAGAGCUUCUGAGGACACCCAAAACCAUCACCAGCAAGGUACCGGAGCACCCCCACCUCUGAAGAAAUACAUCCUGCCCGGACCUUGGGACCUGGAAAUACCAACCAACGUGGUAAUGUAUGACCGCAUUCCAACGAUGUAUCCGCAUCCGUACCCAGAAGUGGAAGCAAUGCGAGGACUUUUUGCUGUACGGCUCUAUAAAACAUACGAAGAUCUCUGCACCAAACGAGAAGCCAUAAAUCCUCCCUGUGGGUCCUUCAAUCGCUGGCUCAUGGAGCGCAAUAUUAUAGAUCAUGGAUGUGAUCCGAUGCUUCCGAGUGACUGUCAGCCGGAGAUCUCACAGCAAAUGUACCGGGAAAUCAUAAGGGACAUUCCGAUAAAAAUCGUAAAGCCAAAGUUUACCGGCGAUGCGCGGAAGCAGCUGUCCAAAUAUUGUGAUGCGGCGAAGAAAAUCGUCGAGCGGACCUCGGCCUCGGUUGAAAGCAAGAAGGUGGUCAAAUGGAACGCGGAGGAAACAUACGAAUGGCUGCGGAAAACGGUUGGCGCAAGCUACGAGGACUUCCAAGACCGUUUACAACACCUCCGGCGGCAGUGCGAGCCGCACAUUGUAGAGACGGUACGCAACAGCGUGGAACAACUCUGCCUGAAGAUCUACUCCCUGUCCAAGCAGCACGUGAAGACGAUACGGGACCGGCACAGUCAGAUACUGAAGGAAAGUGGCAUCCAGGAGCUAACGCAGCCCCUACAGCCGCCACUGAUGCGCAAGGUCUGGUGCUAUCCGAUCCAGUUCGCCAUCCCUUCGCCGCGGAUGCCCCAGAUCGACUACAACACCGACCGCGAUCACAUGACCAUCAAGUACACGCAUGCCUCUAUCCACGGGUCGGACACGCACACGAUCAACAGCUCUCAUUUACAAAAAUUGGAACAACUUUAUCGGUACAACUGUUUCGAUGACAAGAAGUUUGACUUCUUCAUUGGACGAGUUUAUUGUAUGCUGAAACGCUACUCGACCUUCCUGUGCAAUGUGAGUCCGAACCAGCAGGAACCAGAGCUCACGCAAGCCGCCCUUCCAGCUGUAGUUUUCGAGUGCCUCCAUCAGCACUUCGGCGUCACGUUCGAAUGUUUUGCGAGCCCACUGAACUGUUACUUCCGACAGUACUGUUCCGCUUUCGGCGAUUCGGACUCGUACUUUGGCUCACGGGGCUCGUUUCUCGAGUUCAAACCCGUGUCCGGGUCUUUCCAGGUAAAUCCACCGUACUGCGAGGAGCUGAUCGAUGCCACGCUGCAACAUAUUGACCGACUACUGACGGAUUCGACGGAUCCGUUGAGUUUUAUCGUGUUUCUGCAAGAGUGGAAGGAGCCGCCUUUGCAGUGUCUAUCCAAAAUAGAAGAUAGUCAUUUUAAGCGGAAACAAGUGGUAGUGAUGGGUAUGGAACACGAGUACCGUCACGGAUUACAACACUGUAUACCGAGGUCGGAUGUAAACUUCAAGAGCAUCCACGGAACCAUGGUAGUCUGGCUGCAGAACAACGCAGGAUUCCAGCGGUGGGGCCCGACGGAAGCCAAAGUUGAUGCCCUGCUAGAAGCCUUUCGACCCGGCCGAGAGCGCGAACGAGACAAAGUAGUACCUGCUAACACUGGAACGACCCCGGCCAGUAAUAACCCCCCGGAAGCUCCGGUCAACAGCGAACCCAGUUCUGCUACUCCCAAAACCCCGCAACAAACCCCAACGGUUUAAAAUCGAAUUUAAACUUUAGUCCAUCUGCACUAGAACAGAAUAGUACCUCUUAGGUCAAUACAUCCAGUCAGAUUCGCCCAGUUUUACUCUGCACCAGGAACAAGAUUAAACACAAUAAAAUACCUAGUGAUGAUUAAUAAUCAGCUUAUUCAAUCACAGUAACGUGACUAACUCUAGCAAUCUUCCGUUGCCGCGAGAGGCUGCACCAAGGAAUUUUAAGUCUAUAAAACAAACCAGUCACAGAAAAAUAUUAAAAAAAAAUCUAUAUUUUAAUCAAGAGAGUAAAAUAGCAAAAUCAAACACAAAAUCCCAAUUAGUGGUAUGAUUCUUUGACUAAUAUCGUUCGUACGUACGUCGUAUUUAAAAUAGGCAAAUCUCAGAAGAUGAAAUCGAUAUCGUGCUCUUUAUUGUUGAUUCUUUUUAGAAAGUCGAACUAUUGUACAUGCUCGGACGGAAGGCAGAUUAGGGAAACUUUUCCCUGAUCAUUUGUAUUAUGUGCUAGUAGCUGCGAACAUUGAAGUGUGGACGACGAAAGGUCAUGUUGAAUGUACAUAUUAAGUGCAAACUUAGUGAAAAUUAUUUGCGGUGCAGAACAUUGACGUAAAAUCAAACAGUGGAUGAAGUCAGGCACAGGAAAACCCCUGUUGUACGUAUGAUUGUGUAUUUGUAUGGUGUUUAAGUAGAGGAAGAGAUUGCUUUUCGAUCUAGGAAGAGUGGUCAUUCGCAGGAAUCCUAUUAUAUAGAUGUGGUAAUUUUGUUAUUUGUUUUCAAAACAUUAUGGAGAUUUUUUAAUAUCAUUAUUUUGAGGUCUUUAUUUUAUAUUAAAAUAUUAACUCGCUGACACGCGGAUUUUUCGUAGACUUAGUAAAUUAAGAAAAUAAUAAUAGAUUACGUGGAAAAAGUACGAACAGCACAGAACCUAACGCGCGACCAAGUAAGCGAACGCAGAAAAUCAUAAUUCUUCGAAAAGCUACACGUUCUUAACCGUAGAAUUGGUUAUUUUUGUUCUCGAUUUCAGGAAUUAUUUUCUAAUGGUUUUUUGACGUAGUAAUAUCGUACCCUGUUAAGACAUUAUUUGAUGUACAAAGCUAUAUAAACCAUAAUAAUGUGGACAUUAUUCGAUCGUUAAGAAAAUAUAUUAAAAAUUAUCGGAAAA